UCGUGUUCCAAACGUUUUACUCACGUUUGUCUAGCUCAGCAUUUUUACUUGGAAGUGUGAGGAAGGUUGAGAUCGUUUCUUAUUGACAUUUGUAAGGCAACAGCGGAGGAGCUUGUUAAAAGAGCCAACUUGAAGAAGUCUUGAAGGCCGUCAACGUAGACAGAGGCGCCGACCCGAUGCUUUCUCCAGCCUACAGCCUGGACUGUGACGACAAGUACAGCCUCGGGAGUCCAGCGGGAAGUUAUUCCUCAAGCACAGAUACAGGAUUUAUGGAGGAUUUAGACACUGAGCAGUCCUCGCAACUUUUCCCUGAGUUAGAGACAAGUAUUACUUUUGAUGAUUUAGUCCAAGAAGACGACAGUCACCUACUGCACAUGUUACCUGAUGCACCAGAGAACGCUUCUAUUGAAACUGAAAAGGGUAACAAUUUGAGUGACACAGAAGAGACCAAAGUUGAUGAAGACUUCUUGGGGUAUUUGUGUGAUGCAUCUGGGAUUGUCCCCGAGCAGAUGCAGAAAUCUGAAAAAACUGUUACUAGUACGAAAUUCACCAUCAUGCCAAGAAAAGCAGAGAAAAGGCCUGCCCUGAGUGUCACCACGAAACGGACUUCUUCUAAUACAAGAGUGGUGCAAGUGGUAAAGGCCACACCAGUACAACCUGUUGAUGUGGCCAAUAUACCUGACAUUCUUGCUCGUAAUCGCCACAAUGCCGAAAUGGCCAAACUUAACCGACAAAAGAAGAAAGCCUAUAUGCAAGGACUUGAAUCUGAAGUGCAGUCUCUGAGAAAAGAAAACGAAGCCCUGAUAUUGAAGUCAAAGAGACUAGACGAAGACAAUGUUUCUUUACAAGAAGAGGUGGCAUACUUAAAAAAUGUGCUGGCAAAUCAAAGUGUGCUGGCAAAUAUCUUACAGAACAUGGACAGUGUUAAAGGGGUUACGCUAACCUCCUCUUUCACAACCAAAAGGGCAGCAAACCUAGAUCAUGACUAUAGAAAACCAUCUAAGAGAGCUCGCACUGUGGCUCCUAGUGGUGGGAUUUGCCUUCACGUGGACAAAGAUAAUGUGUCACUUGAGUUUUGUCCAAAAUGUGCCUUAAUGGCCAGCGGAGAGUGAACACAACUUUGUACAAUUAUGGAAAACAGUUGGCCCCAAUGAGGCUAUGACGAGGUUGAAGAACCCAAAGCGUCAUCGUGACCCCUUGGUUCAAAGAGAUCAGAGCCAGGAAAAAAACGUAGACGGUGGUUGACAAACAGGGUUUUAUGUCUGUGUGACAUGAAGGGAGUAACGAUUUACCUCAGAAUACACGAAAAAAACAAACAAACAAAAAAAAGCAUUUUAUUGUGUGAAGUAGAAAGAACAGAAAAAAAAAAAUAUAUUUAUAUGCAGAAAACAUAAGUACUGAAACUGAAAAAAAAAAAGCUGCAAAACAGCACUGAAAUAAGCACUGAAUCAGACAAUUGAAAAUGAGUAUAGGAAAAAAAUUGUGAAAAUGAAACUUGAAGACGAGUAACUGUAUAGUAAUUCUUAUUAGUUAAGAUUACAUCUUCUUAGUUCAGAUUUAGUUAGGCGAUUAAGUCACUAAUUCAUUUUAAAGUUUUUCUGCAGGUUUUAAAGCUGUUCCUGGAUUGAAAGAUGGCAGCCCAUCCUUGGUCUGAAGUGACACAGAUUAUCUUUUUAUUAUCUGACUUUACUUGAGAGUGAACUCUGAACUUUGACCCGGAUGUGAAACUCCUUGGUGCAAAUGAGUGCAGAGUUGAGGACGAAGCAAAAUUAAGUGUGUUUUUCAGAGCGUUCCAUCACUGGAGAAAAGACCCCGCCAGCAGAAUGUUUAAAAUCAUGUUGUGGUAUGAAUUUGGUGACACGCGGUGAAAAGCAUGACAUCAUUUGUCAAGUGUCCUGCUUGUAGUGUUAAAUUUUUUUAUUAUUAAAUUGAUACCUAAAGUAAUUGUGUAAGAAAUUAAAGUAACAUGUUUUGCCUGAAUCUUUUCUAAGAAUCUUUAUGUGAAUCUAAGAGUAACUCUUGAACUUCUUUUGAAUUGGAAGUUGAAUUUCUUUUUUUAAGUGUGAUAUUUGUUCAUUUUUGAAUAUGUUCCGUAGACAAGGUAUGGAGCAUGCAAGGAGGAAGGAUGGUUAAGCAGAAGGCACCAAAUUCAUAGCACCUGAAAAACACCUGAAUGAGUGAACUUUGGGCAGUGAUAGUGAUUCUUCAGAUGGGUAGACUCUUUGGAAGGUGUUAUUAUUAAGCCCCCCCCCCCC